AUGAGUGGCCCGAAUUCGACUACAAUCAAUAGACGGUCCAAUUUUUUGCGUUCACAGACUACAACUAGUGGAAUGGUGCCGUUAGAAGGAGAUAAGCCACAGAGGUAAGAGGUUAGAGAGACGCAGAGAGGGUAGAGAGACGCAGAGAGGCUAGAGACGCAGAGAGGGUAGAGAUGGUAGAGAGGUUAGAGAGGGUAGAGAUGCUAGAGAGCUUAGAGAGGGUAGAGAGGGAAGAGAGGGUAGAGAUGCUAGAGAGCUUAGAGAGGCUAGAGAGGUUGGAGAGGCUAGAGAUGCUAGAGAAGCUAGAGAGCAUAGAGAGACGCAGAGAGGCUAGAGAGGCUAGAGAGGCUAGAGACUAGAGUCUAGAGAAGCUAUAGAUGCUAGAGAGCACGAUAUAUUGUCUGCGUCUCUAACCUGAGAAAAAAAGCAGAGAAACAAAGUCAAAUUUUCGUUAUUGGGUCUCGCAGAGAAAAAUACCGUACCUCGGAAGAGUUACAUCCGAUUUUGAAAAUAAUUUUCAAAUUUCCGGAAAUGAGUUUUCCGGCCCAAAUUUUCACUGAAAUGUCAAUAAGAAUUCAUAGAACUAUCAAAAAAACAAAAAAUUUUCAAAAGUUCUCAAGUUUUGCUGUUUGAGCCAUAACAUUUUACAUUGAUGUUUGGGGCUCAUUUUUGAAACUUGAUAUAAUCUUGAAUCAUGAAAAAACAAAGUUCAAACUAGAAACUUUUUCGAAAAAAUCUAGGAGUUCUUUUUUCAUUAAAAAAGGUCCCCAAAAUUCCAGAUCGAACUCAGCGAGCUCAAGUUCAUCCCUAAUCUCAGCCACAAGUGUUGGCCCGAUGCCAAAUGUAAUUCGAGUUCAAUCAAUCGGAAGUUCAGUUGAUAGUGGACUUCAAUUGAAUCCGACAGAUGAGAAAGAUAUUCAUAAAAUGGCUGAAUUUCUAGAAAUUUGCGAUGAGAUUAUCACAAUUGAUACGACGCUUCUUUGUAAGAGACAAGUUCGACAUGUUAUUGUGAGUUGGGGGAAAGUAGUAGUGGAUUUUGACAUUUUUGACAAGAAGAUCAGGAUUCUGUGAACAGAAAAUGCUGAACUCGUGAAAAAAAUCAAUAAAUUUUCAAAAUUUGCUGUGAAAUAUAUUAAUUUUGUUUCUAAGCUGUUUUAUUACGACGAAUCAAAGCUCAAAAAUAAAUCCAAAAAAUAAGAAAUUCUUGAAACAGUAUAUUUUUUGGGAUAAAAUUUUUUUUAAUUUUUUCUUAUUUAAUUUUUUUGGAAUAGAGUAAUUUGCAAAAUAAAUUUUCACGAAAAAUUCAAAUCAUAUAGAAAUUUUGAAACAGUAAAUUUUUUGAAUAAAAAUAUCUCAAUUUCCUGAUUUGGACUGCAGCAAAAAAGCAAAGUUCAACAAAAAAUCCAAAAAAUAUUUAAAAUUCUUGAAACUUUCUGGAUUGAAAAAUUGGGAUUUUUUUUUUGAAAAAAAACCUGACACGUUUCAAAUAUUUUUCCCGCCAAAAAUUCGGUUUUUUUUCACAUUUGAUAAUUAUUGAUUUUUCAAAAUACAAAAUCGGUAAAUUGAAAUUCGAAUAAAUGUUCCAAAGCAUAUAAACAUUUUGAAACAGUAGAUUUUUGUGAAAAAAUCUCACUUUCUCGAUCCACUAGCGUUUGAUAAAGUAUCAAAAUUCAACAAAAAGUCCUAAAAAUAUUUAAAAAUUUUGAAACAGUACAUUUUUCCGACAUCAAAAAAAAUAUUUUUUGAACAAAUUUUUGUGUUGGAAAUUAAGUUUAUGGAAAAAUUACCUAUUGAAACCUGGAAAUAAUUUUCAAAAUCAUAUAAAAAUUUUGAAACAGUAGAUUUUUGGGAAUUAAAAAUUGAGAUUUUUAUUGCAAAAAACCUGACACGUGGCAAAUAUUUUUUCCCGCCAAAUUGAAAAAACGUUCCAAGAAAUUUUGAAACAGUAGAUUUUUAUGAAAGAAAAACUAACUUUCUCAAUUCAGUAGGGUUUAAUGAAAUAUCAAAGUUCAACAAAAAAUCCUAAAAAUAUAUAAAAUUCUUGAAACAGUAUAUUUUUCCGACACAAAAAAAAAUUUUUGAACAAAUUUUUGUUUUGAAAAUUGAGAUGGCCAUAGGACUACCUAUCUAUUGAAACCUGGAAAUAGCUUUCAAAAUCAUAUAAAAAUUUUGAAACAGUAUAUUUUUGGAAACCCCAAUUUAACGCCUAAAAUUGGACAUAGAUAAGAAAAUUUUCUACUUUUUCCGGAUUCUAUUUUGUGGAGAAUUUUGUACAAAAUUCUCGCUGGAAACCAAAACUUCAAAAAUUAAUUCAAAAAUUUCAGCUGAAAACCAAUAAUUCUAAAUUUAAGUCUGAACACAGGCGUCAACUAUUGAAUUCUGGAAGAAACUUUCACAGUCAUAUAAACAUUUUGAAACAGUAGAUUUUUUUGUAAAAUUCUCACUUUCUCGAUCGUAGGUUAAUGAAGCAUCAAAGUUCAACAAAAAUCCAAAAAAUAUUUAAAAUUCUUGAAACAGUAUAUUUUCUGACAUCAAAAAAAAUAUUUUGUGAACGAAAAAUUUUUGUUCGAAAAUUGAGAUGGUUAUGGGACUUCAUAUCUAUUGAAACCUGGAAAUAAUUUUCAAAAUAAUAUAAAAAUUUUGAAACAUUAGAUUUUUCGAAUUAAAAAUUUGGAUUUUUAUUGAAAAAAAAACCUGACACGUGGCAAAUAUUUUCCCCGCCAAAUUGAAAUUCGUAAAAACGUUCAAAAUCAUAUAAAAAUUUUGAAACAGUAGAUUUUUGGAAAUACAAUUUAACGCUACUUUCAAUUUUCAUGCUAAUUUCUAGGAAAUUUUAUUUUCAAAAAAUUUCCAGAACGUCUCAAAAGACGCGCUAAAAAUCGAAAAACGCGCCUAUUGCGAAUGCAAUCUGGAACGUGGUCAUAUGCCAGAAGUUCUCAACAUUCCACUAGAUCACAUUUCAACACCUCAACAAAUCGUUUCCUAUUUUUCCGCCGCCAACAAAUUCAUAUGCGAUGCUCGCGAGAAGAAUUCUCGAAUCAUGAUUUAUAGUCCGAAACUUCGCCGAAGUUUGGGUUGUGUUAUAGGCAUCGAAUAUCUUAUGACUUAUUAUAAUUUGCGAGUUGAAAGAGCUAUGGAUCAUUAUCAGAAGGUUUAUCAGAAUGUUCAUGGGAUUUCGGAUAUUUGUAUGGAGGCGUUGAAAUUGUGGAGAGAUGUGAGUUGGGCUAACUCAUUUUAAGAGCUUCAAAAAUCCAAAAUCCUUUGCAGGACCUCGACAACUUGCAAAAACUGCGCAAAGGAUUCGCGGAACGUCGUCAGAACAGCGAAGAUUCGCGUGUUAGUUUACAGUGAGAGCUCAAAAAAGUCUACGGAAUAAAAUGUAAGAAUCCAGGUUUUUUUUCAGAAGUCGCUUUCAGAACUUUGUGAUCUCGAAUCUACGAUGUUCGGAGAAUGAUGAGGCAGAUACUAGUGAUAAUGAUGAUAAUUAA